AUGCUAGGCAAAACGCUUCAAGCCAUUCUCUUCGUAACAUUCUUUCUGCACGUAAUCCCUUGUUAUUCAUUCCCUUUAUCAACUAAAAAGAGAUGGAUUAUCGAUGAAACAACAGGUGAAAGGGUGAAGUUAGUGUGUGCCAAUUGGCCUUCCCACGUUGGACCACUGCUCGCUGAGGGUCUUGACAAGCAACCCUUGAAUUAUAUAGCAGCUCAAGUUGUUAAAAAUAAAUAUAAUUGCAUUCGUCUUACAUGGGCAACAUUCAUGUUCACUCGUGCUCAAUAUGCCAAGCUAACUGUAGCAGAAUCUUUUGAUCGUUUGAACCUGACUGAAGCCAAAGCAGGAAUAGCCGAGAACAACCCUUUUGUGCUACGCAUGACUCUUCUUCAGGCCUUCGAAACUGUAGUUGAUGUGCUUGGGUCGCAUGGGCUGAUGUUGGUGCUUGAUAACCAUGUCAGCUUGCCCAUAUGGUGCUGUAGUGACAGUGACGGAAAUGGGUUUAUGAACGAUCCCCAUUUUCAUCCGGAGGAAUGGAUUCGAGGUCUAACAACAGUCGCAAAGCGCUUUAGGGGUAAAUCUCAGGUUGUGGGGAUCGGCUUACGCAACGAGCUACGAGGUCCCCGUCAAAACGCAGAUGAUUGGUAUCGAUACAUUCAAGAAGCAGCAAAAAGUAUUCAUGAGCUAAAUCCAGAUGUGCUGUUAAUUGCUUCGGGAUUAAGCUAUGCCACAAAUCUUACUUUCUUGAAGGCCAGGUCCUUAGGAUCUAACUUUGAUAACAAGUUAGUGUUAGAGGCACAUUUGUACUCAUUUAGUAAUGCAUGGGUUGAACAGCAAGUGAAUAAGGUUUGUGCCGAUCAAAUACAGAGCCUAGAUGACAAGGUUGGUUUUGUCAUUAAUGGUGAAAACCAAAUUCCUUUAUUUUUUGGUGAAUUUGGCAUUAAAGAAAAAGAGACAAGUCCGGCUGAAGAACGCUUCUUGAGCUGCUUUUCUGCUUAUGCCAUCGCGAGAGACUUGGAUUGGGGCUUGUGGGCAUUGCAAGGAAGCUAUUAUUUUAGAGAAAAUGUAACUAAUAUGGAGGAGUAUUAUGGCAUCUUGGAUAUUAAUUGGAGUCGUGUUAGAAAUCCCCAAAUACAAGAGAGGUUACGCCUUAUGAAGACCAAAAUUCAAGACUCAGAUAAAAAUUCAACUGCAUCCUACAUAAUGUACCAUCCACAAACCGGCAGCUGUAUACGGAACAAAAAGAAAGAAAUCUAUGCAAGCACUUGCAAUGGCGGGUGGAGCAAGUGGAUUCACGAUGGAAAUGGAGCUCCAAUUAGGCUGACGGAGAACAGCAGUCUAUGCCUUAAAGCUGUUGGUGAUGGGGUCGCACCAAUUCUCUCUACUGACUGCUUAAGCCCACAAAGUACUUGGACUUCACUUUCCGUCUCUAAACUUCACUUGGCUGCCAAAGAUGACGGGGGAGAAUUUUUGUGCUUACACAUGGAAUCUUCAAAGAAAAUUGUCACUAGGAAGUGCAUUUGUGUCUGGGAUGAUCCUAACUGCAAGGAUGAUUCAACAAGCCAAUGGUUCGAGCUUGCUUUGACAAACGUAUGA